AUGUCACUCUCUAACGUGAAGCACAUCGUCCUGGUCCUCUCCGGGAAAGGGGGCGUGGGAAAGUCCUCGGUCACGACACAACUAGCCCUCUCCCUCUCCCUAGCCGGUCACUCAGUAGGCGUCCUCGAUGUCGACCUCACUGGCCCCUCAAUACCGCGCAUGUUCGCCAUCGAGGAUGCAAAAGUCACGCAAGCACCUGGCGGCUGGUUGCCCGUGCCCGUCCACGAUGCGAAUCCUGCGGCGGGCAUCGGUUCCUUACGCGUCAUGAGCCUGGGCUUCCUACUGCCGAGGCGCGGCGACGCCGUUGUCUGGCGGGGGCCCAAGAAGACCGCCAUGGUUCGACAGUUUCUCUCCGACGUCUUCUGGGGCGAGACGGACUACCUCCUCAUCGACACACCCCCGGGCACGAGCGACGAGCACAUCUCACUGGCCGAGACACUUCUCAAGAAUGCGACGCAAGAGCAGCUGGCGGGGGCCGUAGUGGUGACCACGCCGCAGGCCAUUGCCACCGCCGACGUGCGCAAGGAACUCAACUUCUGCGCCAAAACAGGCAUCAAGGUGCUCGGAGUGGUGGAGAACAUGAGCGGCUUCGUCUGCCCGAACUGCUCAGAGUGCACCAACAUAUUCAGCAGCGGCGGUGGAGAGGUCAUGUCUAGGGAGUUUGCCGUCGACUUCCUGGGCAGCGUUCCUGUUGACCCGCAAUUUGUCAUGCUGGUCGAGACAGGUAAACGGCCGACGUACCCAGCCGGCACACAGAUCAACGGGCAGGACAUGUCAGGAGCGACCAAUGGCGCUACACUGGGCGAGGAUGCAGAUCGGCGAGCCGCAGGGCUGCUUGUUGACAAGUACAAGCUCUGCUCUCUUGCGCCAAUCUUUCGAUCAAUCAUCGAUUCUGUGCUCACUACAAUCCAGACGACCUCUACUGGCGCUUGA